CAAAUCAACGGUGAGUCAGUCGUCCUGGUUCUCUUCAAGUAAUGUGGCUCAAUGACCGAUGAAGCGAUUUAUUAUUUUCAUGUCGCACCUUACCUUAAAAUCAACCAUAGGAAGACAAAGAAAAAAUAAGAGAAUCGACAAAGCACUUUUUUAUUUCACCAAGAAUUUGUAUCAAAUUUUACAUCCAGCAAUUACGUCUCAGGAGGAUACAAUUUAAUAAGAAAUUUAUAUUUGAUUUUCUCUCGCAAAAGUACAACUCGUUUCGGUGAUUUUUGUAACAGACGAGAAUCGAGAACUUGUUCUCACACUUCUCACAUCACGUGGCGGAUCUUCCUCUUUGUGUCUAUGGAUAUGGUAAAUUCGCGGGUGCCGCACACGCCAAUCUCAUUCCGCAUGGUAGGCAGCUGAAGAAAUGGUGGAUUGUUUUUAUACAGUGUUGACGGCUGAUAUUCGAACUUGAAACAUGUUGCACUUGCGACAGAUGACGAUCGCAUGAUAAUAAAUUGAAUGAAAUAGAGUGUGUUCGUAAUGUGUGACUCGUUUUGGGAACCUGUAGCUGAAAUCUACCUCGUUGAGCGGGAGAAGACCGAUGAUAUCGAUGAUUAUUAUAGUUGUGUCGUUAGCAGAGUGGUUUUAGGGGACACUAAGAAUUGUACAGUUUUAAAUUUGGAAAAUGACAGUGAAGAAGAAGCUAUCGACAAAGAUGUUAUGGAAUGGACGUUGGAUUUUGACAAGGAAUCUAGAAUAGAGACUCAGUCUAUAGAAAAGCAUGAUGAGGAACCAGUAAGCUGUUAUGGCAGCGCGUCCCACACAGACAACAAUUAUUCUACAGAUGAACAUGACUCGGUACGCGAUUCUGCUUACCGGCCGACCAUACAUGCUUCAACCCAGAAAUCGGGUCUGCACCAAUCAGAUUCUGGUGCAGACCUGUCUGAAUAUCGUGAUCAACAUGAGGCGAAAAGUAGACAAAAUCUCUCACUACCCAACAGAAAGAUAUUUCCAACUACAGAUGCCAUGAUCGAACACGAUAUGCUGACUGAGUGUGACAAGGAAUUAGUAGCACAAAGUUUAGCAACCAAUACCGCAAGCAACGCGCACAACGAAGAUAACUCUUUUACGGAAUAUAAUUAUGCUCCUUACAUUAAUUCCUAUUCCGCGUAUCAUGGAAGUGACGAAACCGAAAUGCACAAGGCGUGGUUGCAUUUUUGGACGGAAAACGGAGAACGAAUAAUCUGGACAUCGUGGAUUAAAAAGUAUGCGGAUUACAUCAAUCCUGAUUAUUUUCAGAGUAACACGGCGGAAGAAGAUGAGAAGCCGCAAAGUGCAGAAUCUAAUGAAGCAGCUGUAGAGAAAUGUCACGAGCAUGAUACGUGCAGUCCGAGCGAAGCGUGCAGGAGCUGUGGACUUGUACCUUCAACCGGAAUUUUGCGUAAAGACGAUUCGAGCGACGAUCGUAUGCUUGAAGAAUUGCCGCAAGAUGAGACUAUCGGAGAAGGCUGGAACCCUCUGAGUCAACAAAGUAUAGAAGAAAACUAUCAGUAUUCUAAUGCAGAAGACGAAAGACUGUUAACGAGGUGCGAUUCCAUUAAUGGUUCAAUAGCGAAAACGAAUGUUACUUCCGAUUCCAUGACAAAUGUGACGAAAAUGACGCUAACUAGUUCCAGUUACGAUUCAUCCUCCUCCUUUUCUUCUUCCUGUUCUUCCUCUUCGUCUCUCUCCUUGAAUCUCGACAUUUUCUUCGAGAAUUCCGCACAGGAGAGCGACACGACCGGUACUUCCGAUCCUGAAGACAAUUUUCAGGGAGAACACGAUAAAAACUGGCAGAAACUGUGGUGGCAGCAUUUCGAGUUGCAGUAUCGGCAGCAGUACGAACUUUUCGUAUCGAGUUAUACGAAAGCGCACAGAGUAGAUCACGCACUGACUGACGAGGACAUCGAAUACGAUACCGAGGCUGAUUUAAGUGACGAUACGACACAAAUCAAUAAAUCUUCGCCGAACAAAGUUCGUUUGUCGAAAAAUGGUAAAACAUCCAGGAAUACACGACCUUCGACAACGCAUAAGCGUAAAACAGAAAACCUGAUUUUGAAUUCCGUGGGUGCUCUCCUGAAGAAUCUAGCAGUGGAUCCAGGCACGUCCGCUACGUCAAGUUCAUUUGCUGACGAGGAACACCAAAAAACUCCAGACGAGCUUCCUGCACACCAUUUACCUCUCGUGUCCUGCCAAAGGCGAAGCCAGCGACAGAAGAGAGGUUUCCAAAGACGAAAUGAUGUAUCAUUGGAGAAAUAUUUCUUCAGUUCCGAAGAUUCUGUGGACUGGUAUGAUGAUAUUAUUUUCCUCAAACGAAAUAUCAUCUGGAAAGCAAUAAAAUCGGCGAAACGAAGAAGUGAACGGUCGUCGGAACGGUGCUGCAGCGAUACCGACGCAAUCUUACAAAAUAAGGAUCCUAAGUACUUGUUGCGACACCAAAUAUCGGAACCUUUAAUCUACGAUAAGAUGCACGUCGAUAAACGUUCCAGUACAAGUACUUAUCUUGAAACCGACAUUGAUGGCGAUCCGGAUUUCACUAAAAUGAUAAACAAUGAACAUACCUGUACAUGCUGCUUUCCAUCCGAAACGGACGAUCAGAUUGAUGGCGACGAUGAUGAAGAAAUUAUUGCUCAUGAACUUACGGAAUUGGAUUAUCCUGAUGAAGCAACGAACGAUUGGAGCAACGAAGAGGGAUUUUGGGGACGUAAAAAAUCAAAAAAAGGCAAAUGUACAAUUUGUAUUUCGGACUUGCCACAAGAAAUGCGAGAAGAUUCCAGUCUUCGAAAGUAUUGGUUUAAACGAUAUGAACUGUUUCAUAAAUAUGAUGAAGGGAUUCAAUUAGACAUAGAGAGCUGGUAUUCUGUAACACCGGAGCGCAUCGCCAUACAAAUAGCGAGGCGAUGUAAAUGCGACGUCAUCAUUGACGCUUUUUGCGGUGCAGGUGGAAACGCCAUACAGUUUGGGUUCACGUGUAAUAAAGUGAUUGCAAUUGACAUAGAUCCCGAGAAAAUCGCCUGCGCCAGAAACAACGCAAGAAUUUAUGAGGUUGAGAACAAAAUCGAGUUUAUAGUCGGCGAUUUUUUUAAGUUGGCCGGUAAGUUGAAAGCCGACGUAGUGUUUUUAAGCCCACCUUGGGGUGGCCCAGAGUAUUGGAAGGAACCAGUAUUCGAUAUGAAUUCUCUUUUGCCUAUCAAUGGAAAAGCUAUCUACAAAGCAGCCCGGCAAAUAUCAACAUCUGUGGCCUAUUAUCUACCUAGGAAUGUAAAUAUUAGGCAGGCGAGGAUGUUAGCCAAGAAAGGGCAAAAUAUUGAAACGGAACAAUAUUUUGAACAAAAUAAAGCAAUUGCUUUAACCUGUUAUUUUGGUGGAUUGGUUACGACAGAAAACGAAAAAUCUGAUAUAUAGAAUUUGAAGAGCAAGAGAACAGAAGUUACAAAUACAACUGUAAGUCUUUCCUUGAAGAUGAUGUAAUAAUAAAAUAAUAUAAUGUAAUAAUAUAAUAACAAUGUGAAAUUUUAA